GAUGUUUAACUCGGUCAACCUGGGCAACUUCUGCUCGCCGUCGCGCAAGGACAGGGGCGCUGAUUUCGGGGAGCGAGGGAGCUGCGCCUCCAACCUCUAUCUGCCCAGUUGCACUUACUACAUGCCCGAGUUCUCCACGGUCUCCUCCUUCCUGCCCCAGGCCCCUUCUCGCCAGAUCUCCUACCCCUACUCCGCCCAAGUGCCCCCGGUCCGGGAGGUCUCCUACGGCCUGGAGCCCUCCGGCAAGUGGCACCACCGGAACAGCUACUCCUCCUGCUAUGCGGCGGCCGACGAGCUCAUGCACCGGGAGUGCCUGCCUCCUUCCACCGUCACCGAGAUCCUCAUGAAAAACGAAGGCUCCUACGGCGGCCACCACCACCCCAGCGCCCCGCACGCAGCCCCCGCGGGCUUCUACUCCUCCGUCAACAAGAACAGCGUCCUGCCCCAAGCCUUCGACCGCUUCUUCGACAACGCCUACUGCGGCGGCGGCGGCGGCGACGCGCCUCCCGAGCCCCCCUGCCCCGGCAAGGGGGAGGCUAAGGGGGAGCCCGAGGUGCCCCCGGCCUCGGGACUAGGGUCCCGGGCUGAGGCGGGGGCCGAGGCCGAGGCCGAGGAGGAAAACACGAACCCCAGCUCGUCCGGCUCGACCCACUCGGCGGCCAAGGAACCGGCCAAGGGAGCCGCCCCCAACGCCCCUCGCACCCGCAAGAAGCGCUGCCCUUAUUCGAAAUUCCAGAUCCGGGAACUGGAGCGCGAGUUUUUCUUCAACGUGUACAUCAACAAAGAGAAGCGGCUGCAGCUGUCCCGGAUGCUGAACCUGACCGACCGGCAAGUGAAAAUUUGGUUUCAGAACCGGAGGAUGAAAGAAAAAAAACUCAGCAGAGACCGGCUGCAGUAUUUCUCGGGAAAUCCUCUGCUGUAACCGCAGACCGGGCCCUUUCUGGGGAGAGGGAAAGGGGGAAAUUAUUUUAUUUUAUUUUUAUUUUUUAUUUUCUAACUCGCCUUCUCUUCGCGGGUGGAAAGCUGGACUGUGGCCAGGGCCGUGGCCCGCACUUCCUUCCGGAACCGCCUCACCUCCAGCCGGACUCUCGCCCCGGGGACAGGCCGGGGCCUGGAAGGGGGGCGACGGGAAGCGGCGGACCCCGGGCGAGUGGACUCCCUGGGCGCCGAGGCCCAGACUUUAUUUAAAAGAAAACACACCUCGCGACGAGGUCCUGCUGCUCGGGUCGGGCGGGGGAGGGGCAGGGGUCGCGGCGCCUGAGCCGGACGAUCCCCGGACUGAAAGCGCUCCCUCGCGCACGUGAACACGUCUGCUGCCACGCCGCGUCGGCGGCCGGAGACUUGUGGGGCUGCGGCCCCGACCCCACCUGCCCCGCUGCUAGGGGGCAGCUAAAUGUGACCCUGCCUUGCUGUGAAAUUUCCGUACCUUCGACCUGGUGUUAGGUGUGCAAAGUCCGUGUCCUACCUCCGUCUGCGCCCAGGCCCCGCCCGAGCCUAGCUGUCCUCCCUGUGAACGUGUAGAGCCUUCCUUUGAAAUUUCUUAACUGGUGCAUUGAGGUUUCCCAACCUUUCUCCAAGUCGUGCCCCACUCCACGGGUUUAUAGCGAUAGUCUAUGCAGUUGUUGCCCUCCCCCAUUCCCCCCACCACCUUUUUUUUUUUUUUUUUAAGGAAAAAAAAGAUGGGUGUGGGUGAAGCAGUAGGGAGAUGGAACUGGGCACCUCCCCCAUGCUGGGGCCUGAAUUUUUGUAAAUAAAUUUCGCAAGCGUUUCUUUCUACCCGGAGGGGGUAGGGGGAGGACUCGCCUGGAAUGAGAUUCAAAUCACCCACCUCUCUCCAUGUGCGUGAGUGCGUGUACAUGUGCAAUCCCCACCCUGCUUCUGUCCCAGAGGGAUUGCUGUGAAAUUCUUAU